CCCUGCACCUGUAGAAUGGACUGUUCCUCCGUGUGCCAUCAGUUUCAGGUUGGUCGUUCAGCCCGAGGCCCUCCCGAAUUCGCGGCCACGUAGGUUCAUCUUUGAUUGAAGACAUUCCGGUGGUCGUGAGUUUGAAGUAAGACAGGUGUGCCCGCGCCUAAGGUAAACACAGGUGCGCCGGACCGACAGAGAACCCGCAGACCACAGACCAGGGCCAAGUGUGCGUGGCACGGAGAGACACAGAACCGACGGCUUGACAACACACACACAAGACGAAGAAGCCAAGAAUCUUUCAGAGACAAAGAUGGCGUCCUUCGGGCUAGUUCUCGCCCUCCUCCUGGUGGUCGUGACGUCAUCAUUCUCCGCACCUGUUCCCGCCAAAUCUGAGGACAAGAAAGGGACCGGCAUCUCUGCAGAGGUGGAAAAGAUGAGAGAGAUCCAGUACGCGCCUACAGUGAACGAAGAUGAGUGCUACGAGGAUCCAAAAGGAAAUAUACACUUCCAAGGCAUAAAGUGCUGGGACCCCAGCUGGGCCAUGCUGAGUGACCCGCUCUGUGUGCGGACCUGGGAGGACGACAGGUGUUGUCCCACAGUGCUUUGCGCCUGAGAAAACUUCACGAACUUUGAGCAAGAAAAUGGGCUAACAUUUAGCAACGUGUCGUGAACGCAGGACUAACUUCAAGAACGCGAGACUGGCGUGAGAAGGCGUUGUUUCUCCCGUGGUCUUCAGAAUGUUGUAGCAAAAUAAAAGAAAGAGAAAUGAAACGAAGCUUACUAUACUUCGAACAGAAGGUCAUAUCUAGGGAAGAAGACGUUAAUGUACAACAGUCGUAAAACUGAACUCUACUUUUGGCGUCGAUACCCGAGUAAAAAAAAGCAUGUCAUUUAUGUUUUUUUAAUGUCACUGGAAAUGGAAAUUAGUUAAAAAAAACUUCAUAACUCGGUAUGACAUAGCAUUACUGAACAUGGUAUGUAACGUUACACUUUCUUUAUGUUUUAAUGCGAAGCCUACAUGUAACGUUAACGUUA